GCCAGAAGUUGCUAGCAAGAGUUUUGCUUUCACUAAAUUUACAACAGGAUAUGUCCUUCCCUUACAAGGCUGUAGACUUCAUAGCAGAGCUAUAGAAAUCUCACUGGUGCAAGACUGACAAACUGCUGAAAGGUUGCAAGAAGCAGUUUAUUCCAAAUCAUUGUGCCUUAUCUGAAGUCUGUGCAUUGCCUUCCAGCCAUGAUUGAGAUGUGCUUUGUGGCUGCAGCCCUUAUUUUCUCUCUCCUCUGUGAAACAUGUGGUUUAGUGUUACCUAAUUCCACAGACUUAUUAUUAUCAGCCAGCAAUUCCACCAUCCUAGAGCCAGAGCUGAUUGCUCAGCUGGACUCAGCAAGUAUCCCCAAGGCCAGAAGGAAGCGCUACAUUUCCCAAAAUGAUAUGAUCGCCAUCCUUGAAUACCAUAACCAAGUCAGAAGCAAAGUCUUUCCACCUGCAGCAAAUAUGGAGUACAUGGUCUGGGAUGACACCUUGGCAAAGUCCGCAGAAGCCUGGGCAGCCGCCUGCAUUUGGGAUCAUGGACCUCCUUACUUGAUGAGAUUUCUUGGUCAGAAUCUCUCAGUUAGGACAGGAAGAUACCAAUCUAUUUUACAACUGGUAAAACCAUGGUAUGAUGAAGUGAAGGACUAUGCAUUUCCUUACCCUCAAGACUGCAAUCCCAGAUGUCCCUUGAGAUGUUAUGGACCCAUGUGCACACAUUAUACACAGAUGGUUUGGGCAACAACUAACAGAAUUGGGUGUGCAAUCAAUACAUGUUACAAUAUGAACGUCUGGGGAGCUGUAUGGAGAAGAGCUGUGUACUUGGUCUGCAAUUAUUCUCCAAAGGGGAACUGGAUUGGAGAAGCCCCUUACAAAGUUGGCGUACCUUGCUCAGCCUGUCCUCCAAGUUAUGGAGGUUCCUGUACAGAUAAUCAGUGCUUCCCAGGAGUGACAUCAAAUUACUUAUACUGGUUUAAGUGAACUGCUGUGUUGCCUGAUGAUUCAAAACAAUUUCAGAUUGACGUGAUUUUUAAUGAUAUAAAUCACGAGAAAAGAUACAGACUAAACAUUUUUAAUAGCAUAAAGUAUCAGUAUCACUUCUAAUUACUUAGUGACCUCACCACUCCAGUACUAAGAUUAGGAAACUUUUGCAAUAUAUUAACACCUUUGAAUUCACGUUAGAAUUCAGUUAUUAUUUCAUAUGUAUUUUUACAAAAGGAAAGAUCUUUUAGAUACUAUUCCAAACAUAUGUAUGUUUUUUACAGCGUUUUACAAUUUCUCAACCCAAUUGUAUUCUAUUUGGUGUUUGUGAGUGUAUAUUAAUACCAUGGGCUAAAAGGAUUGAGCUUGCUGCUUGGAAUAGUUAUGAAAAUGUCCAAACUUUUCUUCAAUUUGUAUUAUUAUUAUCAUAUAUAUUGGAAGGUAACAUCAUUCAAAGAAGCAAAUUUAAAUCCUGGCCAACCUUUUUUUUUUUUUUUUUGAUGAUUAGGGCCAAGAUUUCCCAAUCUAUUUAAAUUCAGGUCUAAAGUUUUCUGACAUUUCCUUUGUCGGUUUCCCGUAGGGAUGCAGUUCACAGUCAUACAUAAUCUAGGAAGUUGAAAAAUUGUCUACAUGAACUAUUUGUGGUUCCAACCCACAAGAUGCAUGUCACUGAGGUUGGACCUUAUUUUCUUUUACAGCAUUGCAGUUCCAGUGGCAUAGGAACAAGGGUUGCAGGGACUGCAUCUAUAACCAGAUUUGUGUUUUGAAGGGCUAGCUAAAAAAAAUGGGAAACAGCUAUUAUCCCAUAGUGACCAAUCAAAUUUCUUGUUAAGUUUUCACAGACAUGAAACCUGAUUGGUCACUAUUGGAAAAAAUACAAUUUGUAUUCUCAGUUUUGUUUCUCAAUUUUAUUUAAGACAGACCCUAUAAUGGAGACUUCCAUCAGUCAUUAGAUGAAUACAAAGAGUUUCCAUCUUUGCUCAAUUUUUGCUUCAUGACUCGCUAAAUGAUUUUUAUGACAUCAUUGCACUAUGUUAAAUCUUCACGUAUUUAGCUUUUAAUGGCUAAGUAACUUUAAUCAUUAGCAAUUAUAUUUCUUAUUUAGGUAAUUGUGAGACUUUCUAAAGGUUGCUAAACAUGGUUCAAAGGCUUGGUUUAAAAUAUAUUCCACCUAGCACUGGAAAUUUGCAAUUGAGUGGAAUCAAAUUGGAUAUCUACUUACCUUCAGGGCCUACAAAAUGAAACUGCACUGUCCAAUUCCAUCCUUGUGCUGCAUUUAAUACUGUUGCUAUAGGUUCCAUCUAGAAAUCUGAGGUUGAGGAGGUCAUAACGUUUAAACUCAAGUGGGUAAAUAGCAGUCAUAGUAGACUAUGUUACUGCUGGGGGGGGGGGGGGGGGUCUAGAUGUGCAAGGAUUUUACAGCCUGGCUUCCUAAUAAUUUGUUUUACAUUUGGCAAAAAUUUACAUUUACAUUUUCGCAGAGAAAAGAAACAAAUGAGUUCCAAAUAGGAUACGAUUUUCCAUAGUAUAGCCAUUAUUUGAUUGCUGCACAUUAGACUUUUUGACUAACAGAAACCAUAGAUACACUAUUUUAAAAUUGCUUCAUAAUUGAAUAAUAAUUGAUUAUAGUCAUAGUUAUACGAAGUAUACCUGCUAUUACUCCUGCUACCAAUUUUGCCACACAAGAGAAAACACAAAAUACUUCUUAACUCACAAAAUGUGGUGGAAUCCACUCAGAAUCAGAUCAGAAUAUCCCUAUAUUAUACUUAGUUAAUAAUGGCUCUAGAUAAUUUAGGUAAGAACCGUCUCAUGCUUUUCAAAAUAUUAAUAUGUUUUUGCCAUAUUUUCCUUAUGAAAACAGAGCAUUCCAAA